AUGUCAUUAAUUGAAAUUCUUCGAAAACGAUUUAUAUCGUCUAUAAGGAGCAUCCAGUCGAAUAUAAAGUGGAGAAUUGUAAUUGUAGAUAAUGAAAGUUCCAUGAUUAUCAACAAUGUUAUGAGCCUUAAUGAUUUUCUUGAAGAGGAUAUUACAUCUGUUGAAUUUAUUGAGCAAAAACGAGAGCCAAAUCCUGCACUUGAAGCAAUUUACUUUAUUACGCCAAAAAUGGACACAAUUAGGUGUAUUUUACAUGAUGUUUUAAAUAAAGAGAAAAUGUAUAGUGCAGUGCAUUUAUUUUUUACGUCUGGAUUAAGUAGCAAAUUAGCAAAAAAACUAUCUGAAUCUUCACAUGUUACACCUAUAAAGACAAUAACUGAACUAUAUGUUGAUUUUUAUCCUCUCGAAUCAAAAGUUAUUUCAUUCUCUAAUUCUUUUUCUUUUCUUACACUUUACAAUCUUUCUUGUGCAGAUCUUAUUCAGUCUGAAAUUAAUAAUAUAGCAAAAAAGCUCACAUCUGUUUGUAUAACUCUUGGAGAAUAUCCUAUAAUUCGAUAUUAUUCACAUCCUUCAUCUAGCUCAUCUAAUCCUGAUUUAUGUUCAAAAAUUGCAAAUUCAUUCCAAGAUAAUCUCGAUAGUUAUAAAAGAUUAAAUAGUAAAUUUCCUCCGGAAUCUUCUCGUCCAAGAAGUGUUCUUUUUAUAGUUGAUAGAACUCUUGAUGUUUGUGCUCCUAUUGUUCAUGAAUUUACAUACCAAGCAAUGGCUAAUGAUCUUCUUCCUAUAAAAAAUGGAAAGAGUUAUAAAUAUAAAAUAGAUAAUCCUGAAAAAACAGAAACUAAGGAUGUUGUUCUUGAAGAAUCUGAUUCUAUAUGGGCAGAAAUGAGGCAUUUACAUAUACGUGAUGUAAUAGAUAAGCUUAUGGAAGAGUUUAACAAAUUUUACAUAGAAAAUUCUAAUUUUACUGAUCAAAAAAAGGCAACAACUGUGAAUGAUAUGAAAAAUAUGUUAUAUAAUCUUUCUGAUUUCAAAGAAAAAAAAGGAAAAUAUUCACUGCAUAUAUCUAUGGCGCAUGAAUGUAUGAAAGUAUUUGAGAAUCAUAAACUUUCCACAGUUGGAAUAAUUGAACAAGACUGUGCAACUGGGUUAACAUCAACAGGAAAAGUACCUAAGACUAUAUUGGAAGAAAUGGUUCCUCUUUUAGAUGAUUCUUCUUUUUCGAAAAUAAAUAAAAUUCGCUUAAUAAUAUUAUAUAUAAUAUACAAUAAUGGUCUUUUUGAAGGGGAUUUAGUUAAACUUUCGAGACAUUCUAAUUUGUCCCCAAAAGACAUUACAGUUUUAAGGAAUUUAGAUUGUUUAGGAGUUCGUGUAAUAAAACAACUAAAUGACUCCAGAUCUCGCAAAAAGCCUAUAUUAGAAGCAAAAAAUACUAAUGAUUCAUAUGAGCUUUCUCGAUUUGUUCCAUUAUGUAAAAUACUUAUUGAGGAGUAUAUUAAUGAAAAUUUAAGCUAUACAUUAUUUCCUUCUACUAAGGAUAUUCCUGUAAAAUCAAAAAAUACAAAUCCUGUCCAUGGUUCCUUACGGACAGGAAAACCGACAUGGGCUAAAAAAGAUACUUCUAUUAGUGAAACAGCUCAAAGAAUAUUUCUUUUUAUAGUAGGAGGUGCAACAUAUAGUGAAAGCCGUAUUUGUUACGAAAUAUCUAAAACUCAUGGGAGAGAUGUUAUUCUUAUUACUACUAAUAUGUUAACAACAAAAAAGUGGCUUCAAAAUUUAUCAAUGUUGAAACUCCCAAGGGAGUUGUUAUGUCUUCCUAUCGAUCAACCUCCAUUAAAAAUACCUUUACUACAAACUCAUUCUAAGCCGGAAAAAAAUUCUAAAGGAGCACUUAAAACCACAGUUAAUCAUUCAAAUUAUAUUAAUAAUGAUGAUUCUGAUGACUUUAUAUCUAAAAAAUUAUCAGAUUACAAUAUUAAUGAAACCUUAAAAAAUUCUCAAAAAGAAAAAAGAGAUAAAAAGAAAUUAUUCGGAGUUUUUUAA